GGGACAGUGCACUGCCGCUAGGGGACAGCGUGCAGGGAGCGGGCCAUUUCCCAGACCCGCCCCCCUCGGCUGCGGGAAUGCUAAAGCGUGGCAGGGGCCGGCCCGGGAAGCGGAGGAGGCGGGUCUCCAUAGAAACCUCCACCUGUUUCCGGCCAGGCUGUGUGAAAUUAGGGGCUGUUGCGGGGGCCAAUCUCAGCCAGCUCGCUUCUUCCCGGCGGCCCCUGCGGGCGCGGUGGGUGUUGUACACAAUCAUCAUGGCGGCGGCCGGAGCCCCGGAUGGCAUGGACACGGAGGCCGAGGCUGUGACCACCGAGGCGCCCGCACGGCCCCUCAACUGCGUAGAGGACGAAGCAGCGGUGGGGGCGGCGGCCGAGGACUCCUGCGACGCGCGAGGCAGCCUGCUGCCGGCCCCGGCCCAGCCCCCUGGGGACCCUGUGGCUCAGGCCUCGGUCAGCAAUGGCGAGGACGCGGGCGGCGGUGCGAGCAGGGAACUGGUGGAUCUGAAGAUAAUUUGGAACAAGACUAAGCACGACGUGAAGGUCCCUUUGGACAGCACGGGUUCCGAGCUAAAGCAGAAGAUUCACUCCAUUACAGGUCUCCCACCUGCCAUGCAGAAGGUCAUGUAUAAGGGACUUGUUCCUGAAGAUAAAACGUUGAGAGAAAUAAAAGUGACCAGUGGAGCCAAGAUCAUGGUGGUUGGCUCUACUAUAAAUGAUGUUUUAGCAGUAAACACCCCCAAAGAUGCUGCCCAGCAGGAUGCAAAGGCUGAAGAAAACAAGAAGGAGCCCCUCUGUAGGCAGAAGCAACACAGGAAAGUGCUGGACAAAGGAAAACCUGAAGAUGUGAUGCCAUCUGUUAAGGGUGCCCAGGAGCGCCUGCCAACGGUACCCUUGUCUGGCAUGUAUAAUAAGUCUGGAGGGAAAGUGAGACUCACCUUUAAGCUAGAGCAAGACCAGCUGUGGAUCGGCACUAAAGAGCGGACUGAGAAACUGCCCAUGGGCUCCAUUAAAAACGUGGUCAGUGAACCUAUUGAAGGACAUGAAGACUACCACAUGAUGGCCAGGAAAAUGAAUUGGAAUGGCUUGUGGACUUUCAUUUUAAGUUUUGUCUUGCUUAUAAAAGAGAACAUCACCUUAGCCAUGAGGCUGUGAAGAUACCAAGAAGUCUCUCCGGUAGUGGUCUGCCACCCACAUGGCCGGGAGCCCUUUGGGAAGAUGGGGCCCAGGGCAUGCUUGCUCUGCAUGGAGCUCAUCAGUUUGUGCAGAACAAAGCAGGCAGUUUAGUGAGCUGAUAAAAUGAGCACUUUACAAAUGGAGUUUACCUGCCUGCACUCCAAAGUUGCUAUAAGAGGCACUUACCCUGGGCUAGCAACAGUUCCAGGGUGGGUUUGCCUGCUGUUGUCUUCCCAGGGACAGUUUUUUUCAGGAUCGAGCCUGUAGUGAUGCUGCCAUAUUUCCCCCCACAUCCAUGAGUAGCUAGUUAUUUGAACUGUAGGUAGGAUUACCAAGUCCAUGGCACAGAGGUAAUGUUGGACAGUCUCCUUGCUCUAGAGCAGUCAGUGAAAGGGCCUUAGCAUACAGUGGGCUGCAGAGCUGAUGUGUCCUUUCCUGCCUGCUCAAGAUCAGCUAGGUGGUGGCAGAGCCAAGGCCAUGGGACCGCAAUCGCUUUUGGACUUUGUUCCUGGUGGUGACAAGAACAUACUGAGGCUUCCUUUGGGGCCACCUCUACACCCUCACUUGUUUGUAAUGUAUAAAACAAGAUGCCAGACAGAUUGGUUUGGCCUGCUCAGUUAUUUUUCUUAUUUAACAGUUGAUACUGGUACUCUUAGCCUGGCCCUUUCACUCCUUUUUGAAACAUUUGCGUGAACAGUUUGACCCUAUGGGGCUUGCAAAUCCUGUUUUUCAGGCAGCCUGGUGAUGGGGAAGCAGAUAGGGUGAAUGGACUACAUUAGACAUUUCUUAAGGAAUUUGUGUUCAUGAAUAAUGGUUUAAAAUUUAGUUUAAAUUUAGUUAAAAUGUUCUGAAGUCAUUUUAGACAAAAAGUGGAUUCAGCAGUCCCCUUCUGACUUUUUUUUAAAUGCCAUUAAAUAGCACUUUAUCCUUGUCCUAAUGGAAGAUUGACUUCCCUCUUCUUCCAGAUGCCAUUUGUCUACUAGAUAAGUGUGUCCCAGUUCACAGUGCUCUUUGGUUUUUAGGGUUAUGUUUCAAAGAUACAGAAAAGAACGCACGUUACAUUUUAUACCAUAACCCAUACAUCCAUCACCAAAAUAUGAUAGUUGUAAAUAUUUUGUAACUUGUUUUAAAUCUUUUAAAUAAAAUUUUUUUUUGCCAACA